AAAAUAAAAGGCGGGAACCUCACUCGUAUAUAAUUCGACGAAAAAGAAAUAUUAGAAAAAUAACUAUUUUCUCUCUGGAAAAUUGAAAAAAAAAAAAAAAGUCUUCUUCUAGAAUUUUGGGAAUUGAUUUCGACGGCAGGGAGAAAUGGACGACGUCGGCGGCGUCCCCACCGACGUUGAGGAUCCCAUUGGCUUCAUCGUACCUUUAUGCCACGUGUCCUCCUCUCAAGAGGAAACCCUACGAUGCUGCCCAUUAGCCCGUGUACCUUACAACCCUCAAAACCACGCUUCGUUGGAGCCGGAGUCCGAGUCCGAGGAGUUUCCUGUCGAAUCUACCGGGAUAAUGAUGGUUUCGCUGACAGACAGUCAGGAAGAAGAAAACACUCACAGCAACUCUCACGAAGUAUUCCAUACCCCGCCAGAAGAGUCAGCGGCUGGGAGUUCUAACGAGAUUCAACCGCUGAAGGACGUCGUGGAGACCCAUGCCGGAGGAGAUCGUCAAAAUCUUCAAGGGACCGACGGGGGAUGCAGCGAAACUGCCGCAAUCGGAGUGGGUGGUUCCUCUGAAGGUUAUGAGACGGUGGAUUUGAGCAGGGAUUCGGAAUUAGGGUUUUCGGAAGUCGAACUGGCGCAGCGUGCUCAACCCCCUUUUGACCUUAAUCGUUUGCCUUUGGAAGUUUCUGGAAAUGGAUUGGAAGUAUUUAAGGUUUUGACGAGGGAACCGUCUUUGAAAGAUGGAUUAGGCGAAUCGCCAAUGAAGAAAUUGAAGAUAUCAGAGGAGAAUAGAGAUAAAUCUGGAGACGAAUUGGAGUCAGAAAGGGAUACUCCGGAAAGUGACGGCUCUGAUUCCACGGAAGAUGGUGAAAUCAACGGUGGAGAAAGCUCAGGGAAGAGAAAAUUGAAGUUCAGCCAAAACGACGAAGUAAACGACAUCGUUUCGGAGAAUGGUGCAAUCAAUGAUAAGGAUAUCGGCAACAAAACCAAGGAGGCAGCUGUUCAUAAUGAAAAAGCACCACCAUCACAGUCACCACUGCCGCCAAUUCCAGUGCUAGUUAGGAAACUUCCGAGUUCGAUUCUUGAGCGAUUGAAAGAUGGGGAUAAGGAGGUUCCUCGUAGGGAGCUGAAUCUGUUGGAGGUGCUGAAAAUGAUUUGCGAAGACUCUGGUGAUCGGAUUCGGAAUAAUGAAAAUUGCAGCUUCCUGGAAAUAGCUCGACGACGGGGCAUGACCUUUCCUUGAGUUGUUUGGUGGACAGAGUCAGUGUAAAUAGAAAAAGUUUAGGAUGCUUGUGGAAAAUUCGAGGUAAUUACACAGUUAAUACAUUUGUUUGUGUAUAUAAUUACAAAAUAAUGGUGUAAUUAAAGAUACUCAAGUAAUUCUCUAAUUUUCGAGUAAUUAAGCUGGUACAUUUGCUCCUGAAGUUGUAGGAUCAUGGGCAUUAAAGAAGUAUUAAGCUGGGUUAAAAGAUAAGAAUGGCAAAAUGUUGAACUGGAAUCUGAUAGUUUGGUCUCUAUUCAAGCUAGUCAUGCUUCUCUUUGCUCUGUUUUGGGAACUUGGUUUAGGACUGUCAAUUUUUAUUGCUUUCUUUGCCUUUUGUUACAAUCCCUUUUGUUAAAUUUUCAGCAAACCCAAUAGUACAUGUUGUUAGGAUGUCUCAGUCUUUAUUUGAACUUAGUAUUUAUGUGUUUAAUGCUUCACUAGUUAUGUUGGAUAUUUUGUAUUUCGAAUGCUAAAUUUAAUAAAAUUGUUAUUUCUUUAAAAAAAAAAAAA